ACUAUUUUCGUUUUUGUCAAGAUUACACGAUGACUUCGCAAAAAGUUGCUGUGGUAACUGGUGGAAAUAAAGGAAUAGGAUAUGCUAUUGUCAAAGGCCUCUGUGAAAGAUUUGAUGGCCUUGUUUAUCUGACAGCUCGAGAUGUACAACGAGGUAAAGCAGCUGUAGCUCAGCUAGAAAAAGAAAAUCUGAAAGCAGUGUUUCACCAACUGGAUAUCAAUAGCCAAGCCAGUGUAGACGAAUUAAGGGAUUUUAUUAAAAAAGAACAUGGAGGUCUGGAUCUGCUAAUCAACAAUGCUGCAAUUGCUUUUCCUCAUGCAGCUACAGAAUCUCCAUUUGUUCAAGCAUCAAAAACUUUAGAAGCCAAUUACUUUGGAACUCUAAGAGUUUGUGAAGCUUUGUUCCCUUUGUUAAGAAAUAACGCAAAAGUUGUAAAUGUUUCCAGUUCUGAGGGACAUCUGUCUAAAAUACCGUCAGAGAAUCUUAGAAAUGAAAUUUCCAGAAAAGAUUUAACCAUACCGGAACUCAAUAAAUUACUUGAAAAGUUUGUAAAAGCUACAGAAAACAACACACACGUAGAAGAUGGUUGGGGAGACUCCACUUACGCUGUUUCAAAAGUAGGUGUAACAGCACUGACCAUUAUCCAACAGAAACUGUUCGAUGAAGAACAACCCAAUCGUAAUAUUACAAUCAAUGCGGUUCAUCCAGGGUAUGUCAAAACUGACAUGACAAGCCAUAAGGGUUUUUUAAGUGUCGAAGAAGGCGCCAAAAGUACCUUAUUUGCUGCAUUGGAUACUGAUUGGAAGGGAAAAUAUAUCUGGAGAGAUUGUACAUUGGUUGAUUGGUACAGCAAGGAAAGGCCAAAUCCACCAUACUAAAUUCGCCACUAUUAUUGACUGUUAACAAAUUGUAUUAUUGCAUGCAUUUAAUAUUCUAAUAAAAAGAUAUUUUGA